CUAGCUCUAGGUCACAUUUGGUUUCUGUAAUUGCUACCCGAAAGUGCUGUUCACCAUGAUUACGAGGUCGGUUAUCUUGCUGGCCGUUUUGUUGGCCGUAGCCAACGGAAUGGUCCGCGAAGCUUGGUUCGAGACCAAGGUUGAUCACUUCAACCCACGUAACGUCGAUACGUUUUCGAUGCGGUACUACUCCAACGAUGAGCACUCCUACCCAAAGGGACCCAUCUUCGUCAUCGUUGGAUCGAAUGGACCCAUUGAGACCCGCUAUCUGAGCGAGGGUCUGUUCUACGAUGUGGCAUACCUGGAGGGAGCUUUCCUGUUCGCCAACGAGCACCGAUACUUCGGACACAGUCUGCCGGUUGAUGAUGCAUCUACGAAUAACUUGGAUUUCCUGACCAUCGACCAGGCCCUUGCUGAUUUGGCUGCGUUUGUCCACCAUAUUAAGCAUGAAGUCGUACGCAACCCAGAAGCCAAGGUUAUCCUGAUGGGCUACGGUUAUGGCGGAAGUUUGGCCACUUGGUUCCACCAGCAGUUCCCCCAUCUUACCAACGGUGUGUGGGUAUCCAGUGGAACCGUUGAAGCUGAUUUCGACCUGACCGGUUACAUGGAAUCGCUGGGUGAAACCAUUGGCGAAUUCGGCGGACGAGGCUGUUAUGGUACCAUCUUCUCUGGAUUCCGUGUGGCCCAGAACUUGAUUGCCAUGGAUCGCGCAGACGUGUUGAACGAACAGUUCAAUCUGUGCGAAGCCUUGGACACCGACGACGUGAUGGACUCCACUGCUUUCCUUUUGGGACUUCAACGGGCUAUUGAAGACGAAAUGAUGCAUCUGCGCAAUACUCAAUCUACCACUGAUAUGUGCGGUAUUAUCGAUAACGAAGAGGAUACCAUCGAAAACAGUCUGCUGGCUUUGGGCAAUUGGUUCGCUGAGGAGCAUCAGUUUGAAACCUGCGUUGAUCUCAGCUUCGAAGCUUUCAUGGCACCUUACAUGGAUACUGACUUUGACGACAGUGACCUCCAGGCUGGACACCGCCAGCGUCUGUAUCUGCAGUGCACCGGAACCGGAUUCUUCGCCACUUCGGAUUCGUUCUACCAACCAUUCGGAGAUCAGAUCGAUUCGGACUUCUACGUGGAAGUGUGCCGUCAUGCCUUCGGAGAUUGGAUCAAUGAGGACUUGAUCCGUGCCCAGGUUUUCCGAACGAAUGUUCGCUUCGGUGGCAAGCAACCGGAAAUCGACAACGCUCACUUCACCCACGGAGACAUCGAUCCGAUGAUGGUGACCGGUAUUGUGGAAGAUCUGAACGAAGAAGCCGAGGCUACGGUGAUCCCGAACACAUUCCACGCUCCGGAUCUGGAGUCGAUCGACUAUGUGUACGAUUCUCCUGAAUUGAUCGCUGCCAAGGAACACACGCGCAACCUGAUCGAUCUGUGGAUCUUCGAGGAUUUCGAUCCGAUUGUGUAAAUAGGUGAUAAAUAUGCGUUGGGUGAUUUCGCUCCCAUUCGUAUCAAUAGUUGAUAAAAUUGUACGGUGGUAAAGUUUAGCAAUCCGCCUAAUAAAUAUUUACUAGGAUUUUCUAACUCAAAACAAA